AUGUUUAAUGUCUUGUUUGAUUCUGGUGCCACACAUUCUUUUGUUGCUGAUUAUAUAGCUAAAGCAUUUAAUCUGAUUGUGACAAAAAUGAGAACUCCUAUGCGUUUUGUUACGGCUGUGGGAAGCGUUUUUGAUGAAAAGUAUAUUUGUAAAGAUGUAAAAUUUAAGUAUGAUAGUAGAGAGUAUUUUGCUAACUUUAUUAUCUUACAUCUUGCCUCUGUGAAUAUAAUUUUGGGAAUGGAUUGGUUGUCUAAGUACUGUGUGAAGAUUGAUUGCUGCAGCAAGACCAUUUCUAUCUCAUCUAAUGAUGAAGAGGGGGAGUCUUCUUAUCUGUCUGUCCUUCGGGUUGCAAAAGCCUUGAAGGAAGGAGAUUCUGGAUUUAUUCUGUCGGGAGAGAGGGAAAUUGAAUUCUCAAUUGACUUGUUCCCUGGUGUGGGGCCUAUCUAUUUAGCCCCAUACCAUAUGUCACCAUUGGAAUUAUCUGAGCUAAAGAAGCAGAUUGAAGACUUGUCCAGUAAGAAUUUUAUUAGACCAAGAGUGUCUCCGUGGGGAGCCCCAGUGAUAUUUGUUAAGAAGAAAGAUGAGUCUAUGAGAUUAUGUACAGAUUACUUGGAGUUUAACAAGCUACGUCAAGUGGUUGCUUAUGCUUCUCGGCAGUUAAAGCUGCAUGAGUAG